AUGACCGAGACAGAAAAGAAUCCAGCAGCGCUACCCCCUUGGUUCGAGCAGAAUCCCACAGAAGACAACAUAGCACCCAGCAUCCGCUCGCUGCUUGAAACCUACAGCGGAAUCCCGCGGGACGAGGUACUGAAUCACGUCGUCAAGAUCCGUGACGAAGCCUGGGCAAUCCACCCGUAUCCAUGUAUCGGCCACUUUCGAUUCGUCGAGCCCAGCUUCCCACACCUCACCGCCGAGUUUGACGAGGUAUUUGAACGCCUAGGCAGCGGCGAAAAGCUGCUGGAUAUGGCGUGCUGCUUCGGCCACACGGUGCGUGAGCUGGUGCAUCGCGGGGCGCCAGCAGAGAAUAUAUAUGGCUGCGACCUCAAGCCCGACUUUAUCGAAUUGGGAUACAAGCUUUUCCGGGAUCGAGGCAAGCUGCCAAGCCAGUUCUUCACAGCCGAUAUUCUGGAUCCCGCUUCCGCACUUGUGGAUUUCAAGGCCCAGUUCGACAUGAUUUACGCGGGUGCCUUCUUCCACUUGUGGGGCUACGAUAUGCAGAUCAGCGUCUCCAAGGCCGUUGCUGCGUUGCUGCGGCCUCAGCCCGGCUCCAUGAUUUUCGGGCGCCAGAUUGGAGCUGUCAACGCGCGGGAAGAGGAGAGGGCGGUGGGCAUGAUGUUUUUGCACAAUGUUGAAAGCUUCAAGGACAUGUGGAGGAAGAUUAGUGACGAUCUCGGUGUCAAGUUCCAUGUCGAGGCUAGGUUUGCACCGCUCACUGAAAAACACUUCCAAUUCCAUUCGGAUGACACCAGGCGGAUUUGUUUCCUUGUCCGGCGCACCUAA